AUUUAGAAAAGGGAAAAAAAUAGGUUGGUAAUGGAAGGGCGUUGAAAGCUACCUGUAUUUCCUUUUGUGGCUGUGGACGGUUUCCCACCGGAAUCAAUAAAAAAUCUAUACAAAACACAGCUCGGGUACCAGCCACAGAAAACGGCCACCUGAACCGCUCCCUCCAAUCCUCUCCCUAACAACCCGAAACAGAUGCUGCGCGCGUGUUCCCGUUUUAGAGCUCUACACCGCUCUACCCUUUUUCUAUCUCUACGUGCUCACUGUUUCCCAGCCGGACAAGUAUACUCGACAGACUUCUGGACUGAACUAUCUGACAUCCUUAAGAGGGAUAAACGGAGGGUAGUGGAGUUUGUGAAAAAGAGGGCUAUGGGCUCUUCCACGGAAUGUUUUUCUGUUCGCGGCAAGGCUCUUCGAAAGAGUGGUGGCCGGGUGUGCGGAGACCUAACCCAACCCCAGGGUUAUGACGAAGCUUAAUAGCCUUUUUAUCUCCCACCCACCACAUAUUCUAAGGGAUGGUAGCGUCUGAGACGCGCUUUGUUUGGCGGUUAGUUCAGAUCUAAUGCCUGGUCGGAGGAGCUCGAGCUCGGGCGGUUUUCGCUGCGGCGCAAGGGGAGACCUGGGGUGUGAAAAAUGAAUAAUAAUGAUAUUAAGAUUUAUGAAAAUGAAAUCCAGUCUUUGGAAGAAGAAAUUAAGAUGUUAACAGAAGAAUAUGAAUGUAGUCUACAUGGAUCUUUUGCUUAUUCUGAUGGGGAGAUAAUGAAAGCUAUGAAAUCAUUUAAAGGAAAAUCUCAAGAAGACUUAAGGCACUAUGAAUUUUCUCCAGACUUAAAAACUCAGCUUGACUUCUUAGAGUCUGAUCUCUUCUUCAUGAUGAAAUUUACAGGCAUUUGCUUCACACAUUGUUCUAGAAAACCUGUGGAGAAAAGUACCGGUGGAACUAGAACUACACAUAAAUACAGGCUAUCAGGAAAUUGCCAUUCAGUGUCCUUUCAGUUGGAAUUUCAACUCAUGGAAGAAAAUCAGGCAAAAGAAGAAGACGUUCAUAUCAAACAGUGUAACAAAAAUGUUUCAGCUGUUGUUACGGACCUUAGCAUUGUGAUAGAAUCAGACAAAUAUUUGGAUUUAAGCAAGCUUGUAUCAAGAGUUGAAGAGAGUGGGAAUCUCUUGCUUUUCUUCAAAUGUCUCUCCUAUUUCACUGAGUGGUGUGAUCAUCGGAAACGCACUUUGACCCAUUUCAAGAACAAGUAUCCUGAUGUUGUAGUACUUCCCGAAGGAUCAUCAGGAGAUUACAUGAUCUUAAGAAGUCCUAACCUUCCUGGACUUGAGUUAAUGAUUGUUUGGAAGAUACAUGUAGAUGAAGAAGGAAACGUUACACCAGUCUUGGAUCUCCUCAACAAAAUACCAAUGUCAGUGGUGGAAGCUAACAAGUUUGCAUCAGAUGCUCCGCAUUGCUUCAGAAGUCUACUGCAUGUGCUUGGAAUACAAGCAUGCAUUGAAACACUGAUCAAGUCACUUUGCAAUGAUAAAUGAAUACCAGGACAAUAAAAUAUGCAUCUAUAGUUU